AUGCCGCCAACACGGCGGCGUGUUUGCACUGUCUGCGGAAGUCGGCGAUUUCGGCUUAUUGCGUCACAGUUGGUGUGCUAUGGGGGGCAUAUUCAACGCGACUUUCGCGUCGAGGCUGCACAGGAUGACGAUGGUUUUGACUCUCAGAUAACAACUCGCUCGCGCACUUACUACAGUCAGUCGCAGCGUGACACAAGGCGGGCUGAGAAGCAACAACGUGCCCGCGAAAAACGCCGCAAAGUACAUGGUCGUUCCAACCAAGUAUUCCCUGGUUCAACGGAGCAUGCAUCUUUGCCUGAUCCAGAAGCUGCCCUGCUGCAGGGACCACGCGCCAUGUUUGCUAUGUUGGAGUGUUAUCAGCUUGUGCUGCGGAAACAAGUGGAAUCAUUUCGAAAAUACUUCCAUGGUGUAUGUCCAGAUGCGUUCGAGGUAUGUUGA